UGCAAAAUCUACACCAAUCAAAGAAGCUGAUUUAGUACUUGGUACGCGUAUUAAACAAUCGGUGUAAACUAAGCCAUUAGAAAGUGUGUAGUGGUAUUUAGUGGAGACACAAUAAUCUGUGGUUAUGUAGUACUAUUUGUUUUCAUAGCUGCGUUUGACAUUAAUUCUCUCAACAAGAUUAAAUAAAAAAAAAGUUAAAGGCGAGACUACUACAAGACAAAACUAAUCAUGUCAAGUUAUGCGAAAUUAUGCUCGCCACUUCCCAAAUCUUUAACUCAGCGUAUUACAAUUUGUGAAAACAACGAGCAGCAUCUCGUCAAUUUUUUGCAAAAUUUGUUGCCAUCAUCUGAUUGUAAAUCUAUUCCAGAUGAAUUGCGAAAGGUCUUUAUGUUUAAUAAAUUUAAGGCAAAGCACAAGCAAAAAAUAAAUCGCAAAGGCAAAUUUUUAUCCACCAGGAAAAGAGUACAUUUUGGUUUGAACAAAAUUGGUUACAAGAAUAAUAUCAAAUAUUCUGAUCUUUUACCCUUAAACCAAUUAUGGUUAAAGUAUAUGCAAGAAAUGCUUGGUAUUGUAUCAUUUACCGAUAUACCAAAGAAUCCCAAUAAAACAAAUUGGGAAAAUAUCAAUCAACAAUUAAUGAAAGCUGAUUUUCAUGGUGCUAAAAUUUCAAUUGACAAGUCAAGAUGUCCUAGCUUGAUAGGACUCACAGGAAUUAUCGUACAAGACACAAAAAGUACUUUUAGAAUUUGUGGAACUGACAACAUUAUUCGAACAAUACCAAAAGAUGUGAUUAAGAUUAAUGUUUAUUUAAACAAUGGUGUAAUAUUAAAAGCAUUUGGAAAGCUGCUCUCUGGGAGACCUGUGGAACGAUCGGUUAAAAAAUUUAAGAAUACAAGAAUAGUUCAAUUAUGAUAUUGUAAACAUUUAUCAUAAUACACUGUAAUAAAUUCAAUACUAGACA